AUGGCAGAAACCAAUGAGGGUCCUCUGAUACCAGAGCAUACAAGACGAGCAACAUUAAUACUUGCAAAUCUAUUCAUUUACAGUGUUGCUAUGUUUACUCUACCUUUUGUAGCAUUUUUCGGAGUAAAACAUAUACUCACUGAGUACUAUCCUGUUAGUAGUUUCGCAAUUACUGCUUGGUCAGUGAUUGCAGCAGUAGUUGUUGUCAAUACUAUAAUCUGUGUUUAUGCGUAUAAAGCUUACCAUGAAAAAGAGUAUGAUGAACAAGGCAAUGAAAUAGACCAACAUUCCUAUGAACCUUUGCCUUUAAAAGAAACAACAGAAAAAAGUGGUUUAAACUUAAAACAAGAUUAA